GGCGACCAUAUAUUUUCCCUUGAGUGAUAGGGGGGAAAAGUGGGAACUAGUGGAUCCAGACAAUGCACCUCAUUGCCAAGAACCGAGAUCCGAAGUCGAUGAUGCACUGACCAUCUUCCACUUUGACCUCCGAGUCUGGAGCCACAACCAUUCCCUGUCUUUCAGCUACCACUUGGCACCAGAACAUCAAGUUAGACAGCAACAAGAUGGAAACCGACCGUCGGACAACGUAUCAUAAACGAAUCUGCAAGUCCUGCGAGGCGUGUAGGGCCCGUAAAGUCCGAUGCCUUGUAUCCCCGGACGACCCGUCAAGAUGCACGCAUUGCAUUAAGCGGGGCGAGAUUUGUGAAUUCAAACAGGCCAGACGCAGGUACAAGUCGCCGGUCAAAGCAAUCCACGAGUUGUCGGUACCCACCCCGGGUCAACCGAACAGCGGUGGGCAUUCGGGGUCAAGUGAUACAACAAUCAAAUCUGGCCUAGUACCACUGCUUGUGGACCAUCUGUUGGAUAAUCAGCCCUCGCAGGGAGUAUUUCGUCAUGAGAUGCACAUUCUGAGGGAAAAUGAAGUGUGCAGCUCAAGUCUCGCCUUCUUUUCCGAUCGGAAGAUCCACUCCUUGACCCAGAAGCUGGGAAACAAUCGACUUGAGGAACUAGUGGAGAAUAUUGAAGCAAUCAUCGAGGGCCGCAUUACCGCACGAGGGACAGCCUCAGUUUCCCCAGUUACGUUCAAGAAGCCCCGGAGCUCGAUCCGAACUUCUGAGGAGAUGGCUCGGGUCUACGUGGAUGUGUACUUUCAGCGGAUUCACCCCAUGUACCCAUUCCUGGAUCGGCAGAGCUUUGAAAAGACCGCAUAUGCCCCUGACCUGGCCCAAACGUUGGAGAACGAUGCUCCAUUCUCUGCUCUCUACCAUGCGGUACUUGCAUUGGGGUGCCAGUACCACGAUGGAGGAGCCUUUGAUCCGGGAAUGGGAAAAGCAUGGAAGUUCUUCCAAAUGUCACUAGGCUUAAUGGCUGAUAUCCUGGUACCGCGGGAGUCGCUAUCAAACUUGCAAGCCUUGACUGCUAUGGCUAUCUUCGCCAUGAAUACCUGUUGUCUGCAGAUUGAUGAGAUCCUCAUUAUGGAGGCUGCGCGCAUGGCACAGGCACUUAAAUGCCACCGGGCUAUUUGUGCUAGUGAGAAACAGGUUUGGUGUCAGCGGACCUUCUGGGUCAUCUACGGAAUGGAAAAGCAAAUGGCCUUUCAGAACCGAGAGAAUUCGUUGAUCGCAGAUUACAAUGUUGGCUGCCCGAUUCCGGAGACACCUGAGGCAAUGUUUGGCAGCUAUAACUGGUUCUUGUCCGCCAUCCGCUUUGCUAGGAUAACAUCACAGGCAUAUGAACUUCUUUUCUCAAUCAGUGCCAUCCGAAACUCCACGGAAACAUACUAUACAGCAAUUGAUCAUGUGCAGGAGCGUUUGGAAAAAUGGCGGCUGACGGUGCCUCAAGAGUUUCGGCCAGGGAUCUCUGGUCAUUCCAACGCCUUCACGGAUCCCGUCUCGAAGAUGGUGGCUCUUCAAACUCAUUACUCUUACCACAGCAUGGCAAUCGCUCUGGCGCGGCUCACAUUACAGAUUGGAUCCGACCAUGGGCCGCGACAAGAAGGUAGCAAAAGAACGCUUUUGGCUUCUGCUCGGCAGAUCAUCGAGCUGACCCAGUAUAUCGACAAAGCAGCUCAUACGCCACUGUUUAUCCUCGCUAUCAUGCCCCUGAUAGCGCAGUUCAUCCUUUUCGACUUCGUGGUUCAUAAUCCCACACAUCCAGACAUAAAGACGAAUCUAUCAAUGCUUGAUAUCGUUUCAGGACACUUCGCUGUCUUGGAGCACGCAUCUAACGGAUCCUUGCCCAGCUCCUUGGUCUCAGAGUUUGCGCAUAUAGCGCGACAGCACGUCAAGGAUGUCGGUGGACACGCUGCCAAAGACAAUUCAAAUACACACGCUCCCCUUACCCCGACUAACCGGCUGUCCCUUGGCCAUAUUAUUACAAGACCGGGGGUUUCCAGCAACGCCAAUUGGCCGACCGCCACGGAGCAUGAAUCCUCUAACAAUGUUGCACCCAAUGGUGAAUUGAAUGGAGACUUCGAAGAGUAUAGACAGACCGGUGGUUUCGAACCACUCGACCAGCUAUACUACCCCGGAAUGGAUGCCAGCUUUAGCUUUGGAAGUGAUCCUAUGAUGCCCGGGAUUGACCUGCGAACUUUAUUCGGGUCGGUCAUCCCGUACGGAUUUGAUUCCCCUGAAGAUGCAUCUACCCUUGGUGGGAUCGUGCUUACACCUCCCACGUAAUAGCUAUACUUGCUUUUGAAAUAAUGCCAACAAUAUGUGACGGGGACCCGGGAUUUACAGUGUCACGGGAC